AGGAGUAGGCUAGGAGGGAGGGCAUGCGGACGGGAGGAUAAAGCGAUGGAGUGUGCUGCGUUACCGUUCUCCAGGCGCCGUUGUUGGAGCCGAAAUACCGCGCGUCUCUGACGGAGCCGGCCUUCUCUUCGCGUACGCACUCACCAAGCUGCGUGCGCCCCUUCGCCGUGGCGGUGGUCACCGCUCGCCCGGGGCACCCGGAGCAAGGCGAGAACGGGUCCCUCUCGCAGGUCUUCCUCGCCCAGCGCGCCCUGUAGGGCACGCGCGCCCCGCCGGCUCUAAUCUGCGCGCCGACCGGAGCAUGAUUUAUGCCCAGGCCGAAGCUGCCAAGAAUCUGUACCAGAACAGGUUUUUAGGCCUGGCUGCCAUGGCAUCUCCAUCUAGAAACUCCCAGAACCGACGCCGCUGCAAGGAGCCGCUCCGCCACAGCUACAACCCUGGCCAGUUCCACAGCAUGGCCAUCAGGACUGGCCCCCAUGGCACCGUCACCAUCCCCCGCUCCACUAGCGACACCGACUUGGUCACCUCAGACAGCCGCUCCACGCUCCUGGUCAGCAGCUGCUAUUACUCCAUAGGGCACUCGCAGGACCUGGUGAUCCACUGGGAUAUAAAGGAAGAAGUGGAUGCUGGGGACUGGAUCGGCAUGUAUCUCAUCGAUGAAGUCUUGUCAGAAAACUUUCUGGACUAUAAGAACCGUGGAGUCAAUGGUUCUCAUCGGGGCCAAAUCGUCUGGAAGAUUGAUGCCAGCUCUUACUUUGUAGAACCUGAAACUAAGAUUUGCUUCAAAUACUACCAUGGAGUGAGCGGAGCCCUGCGAGCUACCACCCCUAGUGUCACAGUUAAAAACUCAGCAGCUCCCAUUUUUAAAAGCAUUGCCUCUGAUGAGACUGUCCAAGGGCAAGGAAGUCGCCGGCUGAUCAGCUUUUCUCUCUCAGAUUUCCAGGCCAUGGGGUUGAAGAAAGGGAUGUUUUUCAACCCAGAUCCUUACCUGAAGAUUUCCAUUCAGCCUGGGAAGCACAGCAUCUUCCCUGCCCUCCCACACCAUGGACAGGAGAGGAGAUCUAAGAUCAUAGGCAACACAGUGAACCCCAUCUGGCAGGCUGAGCAAUUCAGCUUUGUGUCGUUGCCCACGGAUGUGCUGGAAAUCGAGGUGAAGGACAAGUUUGUCAAGAGCCGGCCUAUCAUCAAACGCUUCUUGGGAAAGCUUUCGAUGCCAGUUCAGAGACUCCUGGAAAGACACGCCAUAGGGGAUAGGGUGGUCAGCUACACACUCGGCCGCAGGCUUCCAACAGAUCACGUGAGUGGACAGCUGCAAUUCCGGUUUGAGAUCACUUCCUCCAUCCACCCAGAUGAUGAAGAGAUUUCCCUGAGUACUGAAGCUGAGGCAGCAGAAAUUCAGGACAGCCCCAUGAACAACUUGGUGGCAAACAGCCAUGAGGAGACUCUGCACGAUGCACCAGAGCCCUCCAGUAGCUCCAAGCCCGUUCAGCCAAGGCAGGGCAGCACCACGGACCCUGAAGGGGAUGAGGUCCUGGAGCUUGCCAAGCCAGUGGAGGAAGUGGCAGGUACCACUGAGGCAGGAGACAGCAGCACAAUCUCUAUGGGACCUGAUGGGGCUGGGGAGCUCCCGGGUCUGAGACAAGAGGACACUGAGCCCACCCUGAGUGCAGAAGAGCUGGCCGAGAGGCUGGACCUGAGAGAGGUGGCUUCCCCACCGGGGCUGCUGGAGAACCGUGAAGCCUCAUGCAGCAAUGAGGGUCCUGUGGAAGAGGAAGCCUGGACAGAGAACCGGGCUGGGGGGCAAGAGGAGGAAAAAGGGCCAGCGGAGGAGGAGGAUGUGUCUGCACUCAGGCAGAAGGAGGACAGGCUGCCGCUGCGCGCCUUGGUGACGAGAAAGAGCAGGCCGUGCUCCCUGCCUGUGUCCGAGCUGGAGACAGUGAUCGCCUCAGCCUGCGGCGACCCAGAGACCCCGCGGACACAUUACAUCCGCAUCCACACCCUGCUGCACAGCAUGCCCUCAGCCCAGGGCAGCGCCGCGGAGAGCGAUGGCGCUGAGGAAGAGUCCACCCUCAAAGAUGCCUCAGAGAAGGAUGGGCACAGCGAGGGGGACACAGUACCUGCUGAGCCGCCUGCCCUGGAAGAGGGUGGAGAGGACCCCAAGGGAGCUACUCCAGGCACAGCGCCCCCUGUCCACUCCGGCUUGGCCAACAGCCCAGCCCCGGAUGGCGACACGCACCCAAGCACAGAGAGUGAGAGCGACUCCAGUCCCCGGCAGGGCGGGGACCACAGCUGUGAGGGCUGUGACGCGUCCUGUUGCAGCCCUUCCUGCUACAGCUCCUCGUGCUACAGCACGUCUUGCUACAGCAGCUCCUGCUAUAGCGCCUCCUGCUACAGCCCCUCCUGCUACAAUGGCAGCAGGUUUGCCAGCCACACGCGCUUCUCCUCCGUGGACAGCGCCAAGAUCUCCGAGAGCACAGUCUUCUCCUCGCAAGAUGACGAUGAGGAGGAGAACAGCGCAUUCGAGUCGGUGCCAGACUCGGUGCAGAGUCCGGAGUUGGACGCCGAGUCUGUGAAUGGCACUGGGCAGUGGCAAGACCAGCCAGCUGCCCCCACUGGGGGCAUGGCAAUAACCGUGGAUGGUCUGGAGUCCCCCAUGGCAGGGCCAAGCCAUCGGAGAGAAGGUGAAUGUCCUAUACUCCAUAAUUCCCAGCCAGUAAGCCAGCUUCCUUCCUUGAGGCCUGAACAUCAUCACUACCCAACAAUCGAUGAGCCUCUUCCACCAAACUGGGAAGCCCGCGUUGACAGCCAUGGGCGGGUCUUUUAUGUGGACCACGUGAACCGUACAACCACCUGGCAGCGUCCAACAGCAGCAGCCACCCCUGACGGGAUGCGGAGAUCGGGAUCCAUCCAGCAGAUGGAGCAACUCAACAGGCGGUAUCAAAAUAUUCAGCGAACCAUUGCAACAGAGAGGCCCGAAGAAGAUUCUGGCAGCCAAAGUUGUGAGCAAGUCCUAGCAGGAGGCAACGGAGGAGGUGGCGGGAGUGACUCAGAGGCCGAAUCUUCUCAGUCAAGCUUAGAUCUGAGGAGAGAAGGGUCACUUUCUCCAGUGAAUUCACAAAAAAUCACCUUGCUGCUGCAGUCCCCAGCAGUCAAAUUCAUCACCAAUCCUGAGUUCUUCACUGUACUGCAUGCGAAUUAUAAUGCCUACAGAGUCUUCACCAGUAGCACCUGUUUAAAGCACAUGAUUCUCAAAGUCCGGCGGGAUGCGCGCAAUUUCGAACGCUACCAGCACAACCGGGACUUGGUGAAUUUCAUCAACCUGUUUGCAGACACGCGGCUGGAAUUGCCCCGCGGCUGGGAAGUCAAAACGGACCAACAGGGAAAGUCUUUCUUCGUGGACCACAACAGUCGAGCUACCACUUUCAUUGACCCCCGAAUCCCUCUUCAGAACGGUCGUCUUCCCAGUCAUCUGACACACCGACAGCACCUCCAGAGGCUCCGAAGUUACAGUGCUGGAGAGGCCUCAGAAGUUUCUAGAAACAGAGGAGCUUCUUUACUGGCCAGGCCAGGACACAGCCUGGUAGCUGCUAUUCGAAGCCAGCAUCAACAUGAGUCAUUGCCACUGGCAUAUAAUGACAAGAUUGUGGCAUUUCUUCGCCAGCCAAACAUUUUUGAAAUGCUGCAAGAGCGUCAGCCAAGCUUGGCGAAAAACCCUGCACUCAGGGAGAAAAUCCAUUACAUCCGGACUGAGGGUAAUCAUGGGCUUGAAAAGUUGUCCUGUGAUGCAGAUCUAGUUAUUUUGUUGAGUCUCUUUGAAGAAGAGAUUAUGUCCUACAUCCCACUGCAGGCUGCCUUCCACCCUGGGUACAGCUUCUCUCCCCGCUGUUCUCCUUGUUCCUCACCUCAGAACUCCCCAGGUUUACAGAGAGCCAGUGCAAGAGCUCCUUCACCCUACCGGAGAGACUUUGAGGCCAAGCUCCGCAAUUUCUACCGAAAACUGGAAGCCAAAGGAUUUGGUCAGGGUCCAGGAAAGAUUAAGCUCAUAAUUCGUAGGGACCACUUGUUGGAGGGAACCUUCAAUCAGGUGAUGGCCUAUUCUCGGAAAGAACUCCAGCGAAACAAGCUCUACGUCACCUUUGUUGGAGAGGAGGGCCUGGACUACAGUGGUCCUUCGCGAGAGUUCUUCUUCCUUUUGUCUCAGGAGCUCUUCAACCCUUACUACGGACUCUUUGAGUAUUCUGCAAAUGAUACUUACACGGUGCAGAUCAGCCCCAUGUCUGCAUUUGUGGAAAAUCAUCUAGAAUGGUUCAGGUUUAGUGGUCGUAUCCUAGGCCUGGCUCUGAUACAUCAGUACCUUCUUGACGCCUUCUUCACAAGGCCCUUCUAUAAGGCACUCCUGAGAUUGCCCUGUGAUUUGAGUGACCUGGAAUAUUUGGAUGAGGAAUUCCACCAGAGCUUGCAAUGGAUGAAGGACAACAACAUCACAGAUAUUUUAGACCUUACUUUCACCGUUAACGAAGAGGUUUUUGGACAGGUAACGGAAAGGGAGUUAAAAUCCGGAGGAGCCAAUACCCAGGUGACGGAGAAGAACAAGAAGGAGUACAUCGAGAGGAUGGUGAAGUGGCGGGUGGAACGUGGUGUGGUACAGCAGACGGAGGCCCUGGUGCGGGGUUUCUAUGAGGUUAUAGACUCUAGGCUUGUCUCCGUGUUCGAUGCCAGGGAGCUGGAACUGGUGAUAGCUGGCACGGCAGAAAUCGACCUAAAUGACUGGCGAAAUAACACCGAGUACCGGGGAGGUUAUCAUGAUGGGCAUCUUGUGAUCCGCUGGUUCUGGGCUGCAGUGGAGCGCUUCAAUAAUGAGCAGAGAUUAAGAUUACUUCAGUUCGUCACAGGAACCUCAAGUGUGCCAUACGAGGGCUUUGCAGCCCUCAAAGGAAGUAAUGGGCUUCGGCAUUUCUGCAUAGAGAAAUGGGGGAAAAUUACAUCUCUCCCCAGGGCACACACGUGCUUCAAUCGAUUGGAUCUGCCACCUUAUCCCUCGUACUCCAUGUUGUAUGAAAAGCUGUUAACAGCAGUAGAAGAAACCAGCACCUUUGGACUUGAAUAAAGAAAUGGAAACUCACCUGACAUUUUCCUGGCAGUGAUGUCAGCCUUUCUGGGAUAAUCCCCCUUUCCCCUUUCCCUCAAUCAAUUUUUCUUUGAUUUUGGUAUUCCAUGAUUUUUAUUUUCAAACCAAAUCAGGAUUGACAAAAGCUGUGCAUGAAGAACUGCCUUCUUCUAAGAUCUAACCUUCAGGCAUAUCUCCUCUAUUUUCAAUGAACUGCUGGCCUGUAUGCAAUAUUAAGAAAACAGCUGUUUCAAGGUCUGUGUAUAUAUCUCCACAUACCUCCAUUACUAACAAUGAAAUAUGAAUGCAAGUUAUGCUUUACUUGACCAAAUGGUAAUAAAUGUUUACUUCCAUUUAUAUAAUUUAAGGAAAAAUUUGAGCAUUAAUCAUUCCAAGCUUUUAUACGCCCAUGUCUUCUGAGCAGAGCCACAUUUUUUUAAAUAAUUUCUAACAACCAACUCCAGAACUAGGAGUUGAUCACCCUUUUAUUUCCCUCCAACUUUACUUUUCCUUGUGCAUAUUAUCCAUGUCAAAAUAGCAGUGGAAAACCAAAAAUUUUUAUACAUUCAACUCAUGAUUCACAUGUGGCGUGAGUCCCAUCAGCUGGAACUAGCCUAGACAUAUGGUGCAAAUAUUACACUUUCCAAGAAAUAAUAACAGCAAGACAAACACCUGCUGAUGUAAUGCAGUACAUCCAAAAUAGUUGUGAGGAUUGUGGCUCAACUUGAGCUUAGAAAAGUCUAGGAGGGCCAUGCCCCUCAUGAAUACUUACCACACUAGAAGCACAAAUUUGUGCACAAGGAUAUCUCGUUAUGUAAUAUAAAUGAUGAAGCUUCUAUUCCCACUGUAUUGUGUAGAAUGUGAUAAAGCAAACAAGAAGAAUGGAAGAAGGACAUAGAUUGGUUUGAAUACCUGAGUUCUGUACUGUUUUGUGCUGUUUCGUCUAAUCUAGCUACAGUUCUCCCACACAAAGGGGAAAAAAAUGUAUAGUCUCAUGACUUCUGUUAAAGCUAGGUAAUUAUUUGCAUGGCAAACAAAUUUUUAUUUUAACUUUUAUAUUGGUUUUUUCAUGCUGUUUUAUUUUUUUCUUAAUUAUGGUGUUCAAAUUCCUCCACCUCUGCUUGUCCACAGGAACCACACUGAGAAAGCUGCAGAUGGUGAUGGUGCUUGUUAGGGGUCAAGGGCAAUGCAGGACUUCUUCUUUGUCCCUGCGGUCCUCCCAGAGCAGAGACCUAACACCUCACAGGCGUGUGCGUUUCUGUCAAAAUAGACGUCCAGUUUCUUUUAGCAUUCAGUAAAGGGCUGUCCCAGGAAACAGUGUUUUUAGAAAAAUAGUUGCAGGCUCCAAAGACAUUCUAACCUCUCAAUUACACUUGGAAUAAAUGCAAGCAUAAUGGUCAUUUGCUAUUUUUCUAACCUUAUUAUCCAUGUUGUCUGAAAUGUGUCAUAAAUGAAAGUGUUUUUCUUCACUGGGAAAAGAAGAGCUAAAGGGGCCCUAUUGUUGAAAUGUGACAUUGUUGUUUUUAAUAUAGAAACAGGAAGAAAUGUGAGAAAUGUAAGACAAAGUUAAUUUCAUAUGAAGCCAUGUCUUGUGCUCAUUAUGUCAAUCUGUGUCAGGACAGUGCAUUAAUUAUAUUCCCUGCAAUCCAAAAUGAAACAUUCUUUUAGUAAGAAUUAUUUGCAAUGCCCAACCCCCCCUGUUGCUGUGUAUUUAUUGUCAAUCAGGGAAUAUAUAUAUAUAUAUAUAUAUAUAUAUAUAUAUAUAUAUAUGAACUUUAGCCUUCAAUUAUUGUCUAAAAAGAAUAUUUACUAAGAUAAAAUGGAAUGUGUAAGUUAUAUAAUACAGAAUUUGAGGGAUCUGUAAAAUUCAGUACACAUUUUAAUAUCUGAAAAAUUAUGAUUCCAAUGGAGCCAUUAGUAUUUAUUUAUAAAAUCAGAACAUAAGGAUUAUGCAAAUCAUUUCACCAUUCUAACUCUUUAAACACAUGAAAGUAUAAAAUUACUGCUGAAAUUCUCUUUUAAUACAUGACCAUAUAUUCUUUAACAGUAAGUAUAUUUUUGUGCAAGCCAAUAAGCUGGACUGUCUAGUAUAGGAGGCAUCUUUCACUUUUAGAAUUUGGUGAGAUUUUAUAUAUAUAUGAAUUAAUGAAUAUAUACAUAUAUAUUCAUUAAUUCAAACACUCAAUUCAUUUUUUUUAGUACUUAUUUGUUAGGCAUUGGCAAAGGAGACACGUUCAAAUGACGAAACCUGCUCCUGGGGAGCUUUAUAAUUUACACAAAUGUCUAAUUAAUCUAUUAACUAGAUUAAUUAAUGUUUAUUCUACCCAUAUUCAGAAGAAACAAAGUAUCCUAGAAAUUAUAUAUAGAUGGAUAACUUAGUCAUAAAUGGUUUUUCAACUAAUUUUUUCUUACCUGCCCCCACCACCAAUGCCAUGAUUCUGGAUGUAUCCCACCAAGCAAGCAUUACAGGAACAGUAUUUCAUAAAAGCAUAAAAUUCCAAAAAAGGAAACUCUGGUGUCAGAGUCAGCUACAGAAUGGAAAGCUUCCUUAACAGGGUCCCAGGUUCCAUUGUAACCUUCCACAGAAUCCUUAAAACAAAGAGGAGUACAGUUAUAGAAAGAUCGUUUUUAUUUUUCUAUGUCCCUAAAGAUAUUUCUUUAGUUUAUAUUCCCUCAUAUAUGAGGCUGAUUUUUAAAUUAUGUAUAAUUUUUUAUUAUAUAAUAAAACCGCUAUAGGAGUAAAUUAUGCUAUUAACUUUGGGAGGUAUAAACCACCCAAAUCAUAUAAUUCAAUCGGCAAGGCAGAUCUAUUUAUUACCACUUGUUUUUUUGUUUUUUUUUUUAAAUUUAAAGUAUGAGUUUUCUCCAUGGAGGCAUAUUAUAAAAUCAAUCACUUAUAAACAACAAUUCCCCUAAAACAAGAUCUUUUAAAGCUGGUUUUAUUAAGAGUGUAUUAACCUUAAUUGAGGGGGGAAAAAACAAUAAAUAAGAGAAAAAUGUUACAAUUUGAAAACUGCCUUUGAAGUAUUAAAAUAAGAAUUUCAUGAACAUCACAUUUUAUUCUAUCAUAUGAAGAUGAUAAUCCUAAAAAUACAAAUUGAUUAUGUAUGUUCAGGAGAAGUAUUCUAAAUCUGCUGAGUUCUUUGUAACUUUCUGUGUAUAUAAGUUGACAGUGGUUGUGAAAAAAUUUUAACCACCCCUAUUGUAGCACAAUUUCUUGGAUGGAAAAAAUUAAGACAGAUAUAUGAUUUUGAGGUAGGCUUGAAAUAUGUAAAAUCUAAGUGUUUUCUCUUUUAAUACAUGAUCAUAUGUCCUUUAACACUAAGUAUAUUUUUGUAUUAGUCAAUGAGCUGGACUUUCCAGGACAGUUAAACUAUUAAAUCUAUGGUAUUGUCAGUCCAUGUGUCAAACCAUGUGUCUAAAAUUUAGGUUCAGAAAUUUUUUCAAUUGCCACAAAUGGUUUCCCAGUCAAGAUAAAACACUUUCAAAUGAAAGUAGUUAGAACUUUACAUAACAAAUGUGGUGCUUUAUUAUUAUUAUUAUUAUUACUAUUAUUAUUAUUAUUAUUAUUACUAUUACUGUUAUGUACUUCAGUGUUCAUUUAAACUACUGCUGCAAUUCUAUAUUAUAAAAAUCUAGGAUGGAUGUUUCAGCCAUCAUAAGGUCAAAAGAGAAAGUGUUAUUUUCCUGUUAGUGACAUGUAGUCCCUUUGUUCCACUAGAAAAAAGGUGCCCAGAGGUAGUAGAUACAGUAAAUAUCAUUCCAUUAGCUUACUUCUUGCUUUCCAAUUUAUCAAAGGAAAUAUCUAAAACAAUUUUGUUGAAAGUCUUUGUUCUAGUCAAUAGCAGGAGAAGUCUACAUUAUUAGGCUGAUUUUGCUUACAUCAACAAGAGAAAUGUCACGUGAUACUCAGGCCCAGCUUUCUCUUCCCGCAUAACACCUUCAAGGAAUGUCAAUAAACUCACUUUGGUAUGGCAUUGUGUGUGCUUCUUAUUGCAAACAGAAGUCUAACAUAAUGCAUAACAAUUUGUUCUCACUGGAUAUAAGGAACAAAACAACACAGAAGGUUACCACCUGCUAUGAGAAACAACCCGUGGAAAAAUUAUUUAUCAAAUAAGCAUAGUAUGUGCUCAAAAAUCCAUGAAUAAAGGAACAGCUUUUUAAACAAGUUCCUUGUGUAUGCCUGUCAGAACUGCACAUAAACCACAUGAGCUUCAUUUGGUGAGUGUCCUUUAUGUUAAACCAGGCAUACAUGGGCUUAUUGGAUUCAUACCUGUUGAGAUGCUUUUACAAAAGCUUCAAGCCACAACCUAACACCCUGUGUGAAUCUAGAACAUGGGUUAGCAGUAGGUGAAAAUAUUGUGUCCAACAGCACAUAUGAUAACUCCCAAUAUUGCAAUGGUAUUACCUCUGGCCUUCUCUUGAUCCUAUCCACAAGUUUUUUCUAAAUAAUAAAAUUUAGAGGCUUGGAAGGAGGUAAUAGUAGAGAAAAAGUGUGGGAAAAAUUGAGAAGAAAAACCUGAGAAGUUUUAAUGUUUCAUUUUUAUACACAUGCUGGGUUUACUUUAGUUUCAUUCUAACUGAAAAUAACUCUUCUCUUGAGGUACAAGUUAAAAAUUAGCCUAAACCAUAAUUUGCAGAAAGGAGUAGAUGACAUUAUUUUGUGUUUUAAUCUGAAAUGAAGAUUAGAUUUCAGUUCUCCUGAUAUUUUUGGCCAUACUUUUCCAAUACACUGUGCUGACAAUUCAUUAAUUAUAUACUGUUUAAAAAAAUGACACAUGUAGCUUAUAUUCAAGAUGUGGUUGAAAUAUGUUUAAAGAUGGUUCACUAAAGGAUAUAUGAAGGGAGUUAUGGCAGAUCAGUCUAACCUUUAUCAGUGCAGGAAUCAUCACAUUUAUAUCUGGGAAGAGACACUUAAAUGUGGUGACUGGAUUAUCCAGGAGAUUAGGAAUCUGAGACCAGGAGAGCUGUUUGCUCAAGGCCACUAAGCUUUAACUUGGGUGCUAAAAGUAUUCCCUGUCACAGAAUAUCCUCUGGGGUCCUGGGCUCCUGAGCUUGGCAUAACCAUUAGGAAAUUUGCCAAGAGGGCAGAAAAGAUGGAAGCCACGAAGGACCUGGUAUAUCACAGGGGAUGCCAUGAAUCCAUAGCCAAUGGACUGCUUACUACCAUGGCCCCUCUGUAUGAGUUUACUGGGGCUGCUGUAACAAAGGACCAGAAACUGGGUGGCUUAAACAAGGCUCGAAGUCCAAGAUCAUGGUGGCUUUGGUUACUUCUGAGGGCUGUGAGAAAAAAUUUGUUCCAUCCCUCUGUCCUAGCUUUCACUGGUUUGAUGGCAAUCAUUGGUAUUCCUUAACUUGUAGGGCUCUGCCUUCAUCUUCAUCUGAUGUGUGUGUCUGUGGCCCCUUUUUAUAAGGACACUAGUCGUAUUGGAUUAGGGCCCACCCUAUGACCUCAUUUUAACUUGAUUAACUUUGUAAAGACCCUAACUCUAAAUGAAGUCACAUUCUGAGGUACCAGGAGUUAGGACUCCAUCAUGUAUUCUUUGAGGGACACAAUUCAAUCCAUACAAUCCUCCUUCUGGCUGUAUUAAUAACUGUUGUCAGCGCCAACAGUAAUAGUAAUUAUAAUAAAAAUCAAUUUAUACUUAA